AUGGUUCGCUCAUCUUCAGCAGAGCCCGCCAAGACCACCAAGCGGAAGGGCACCCGAAGCGUCUCUACCCUCACACCCUCACAACUCGCCCGCAAGCGAGCCAACGACCGCGAGGCUCAACGAGCUAUCCGCGCCAGGACCAAGGAGCAUAUUGAGCGUCUGGAGCGCGAGCUGGAGGAUCUCAAGAGCAAGCAGAGCCGCGACCAGACUGUUCAAGAGCUUCUGCGCCGGAAUAAGGCGCUCGAGGAGGAGCUUAUGCGACUCAAGGAGACCAUGGGCGUGUCCAUGACCUCGUCUCCCUACUCCGCACCAGGUAUGAGAGAGAGGUCGCGGGUGUAUGGGCAUGCGCUGACAGCAGCAGUCUACGAUGACAACCUCAGCUCCGGCAGCGGCGCCAUCCCCAGCCCUCGCGGUUCACCCUUCCCCUCUGGCGACUACAACUCCCUCCCCGACUAUGGACAGCAAUAUGUCCCCCUCCCCAAUAACUGCGAGUCAUGGGCCAACACAGUUCCCUGCCCCGUCCCCUCCAACGUCUCCAGCCCCUCAUCAUCAGCCGACGACUACAGCGCAGGCUACAUCCCCACGAGCGUGCCGGCUUCGAUGCUGCCGUCCAACAACACAAGCACAUCCAGCAUCAACGCAGUAGGCCACAAGGACGUGAUCAAGAUGGAGUACGAAGAAGUGGACCAUCACGUGUCUAGACGCCGGGUUCCGCCUCAGCAAUCCCUCGCUUCCGCCCGCCACCCCCCAUACCUACAUGCAGCAGCAACACCACCACCACCACCAGCAUCAGCAGGCCGCGUGGAACAUGUAUCCGGUCUACUACCCCCAGGCGCAGUCCUCGGUUCACUGAAGGGCCACCACACGCCGAGCUCCCCCGGCAGCUGGCCGGUGCCGGUCCUGACGACAGCGCCGGCCUGCCGCUUCGACGAGCUCCUGGUGGGCUUCCUUCAGGACUGCCGCCGCAUGACAACCGCCGAGUCCAUCUACCAGACGCUGGGGCCGGCCGCCGUGGACGUGCGGUCUCUGUUCCGGAGCCACGACGCUCAGGGACAGCUUCCGUGCUCGCCUCACCCCAUCACUGACCUGAUCCGCAGCCUGGUGGACAUUGCGGGCAUGACGAGGCUCACCGAGAGGAUUGCGAUUUUUGCGCCUCUGCAGACAUUGGUCUGCUGGCUGGCUCACCCCACGGCCGAGAGGCGAGCACGCGUGGGCGACGACUACGUACCGCAAGAGAAGCAGCUCUCGAUCCGGCACCCUCAAUGGGUCGACCUCGUCCUCUGGGGCGGACUGCGCGAGGCCAUGAUAGACCAGCAAGAGGUGUACGCCACGGAAGAGUUUCAGCGGGUCUACUUUGACUCAUUGCGCCUCAUCAACUGGCCCUACCAGCCGCUCGACGGGCUAGUGACGGAUCCCCAGACGGGCCAUGUUGGGCUCACGGAUGCCCUCAUGGCGCACGCCAUGAACGGGGCCAACUGGCGGCUGAGCGAGGCGUUUGCCCAGCGGUACCCUGAGCUUGUCGAGCUUGUCGAGGUGGAGAGUCAAUGA